AUGGGGACGUCGCCCAGCGAAAGCCACAAGGAGGGCAGGACGGACGGGGCCGAGAGUGACGGUCCCGACGCGUCCGACACCUCCAAGCUCGCCGAUCAGGGCUCGGCUGCCGCCAACGCCCGGGCGCCGCCCACGCUGGAGCAGCAGCUGGCUCAGCGCGAGGCGCAGGUGGCCGUGCUGGAGCGCAAGCUGCACCACCUGCGCUCCUGGAUGGGCAGCAUCAACGCACAAAUGGCGGCCACCAACCCCCAGCUCGUGAAGAAUGCGCGGCGGCUGUACGUGGGCGGCGUGCCGCCCGGCACGACCGAGCCGCACCUCUAA